UGGCUCUGAGCAGGUCCCCGCGGGCUGGCACGCGCCACCCAGUCACCGAGUAAAUAAGGGAGAGACUCUCCCGAGCACCGUAAAUAGAGUCCAAGUGGGCGGGGAGCUGCCCCGCGCCGCCCGCUCAUGUCUCUGCAGAGCCGAGUGUCCGGCCGCCUGGCACAGCUGCGCGCCGCCGGGCAGCUGCUGGUCGCCCCGCGCUCCUGGCCCGGCCCCUUGGCGGGGGCCCCACGGACCCGCAGCAGUGCGGCCGCCCCCCGCGCGCAGACCCCAGCGGGAGUUGGGGCUUGUGGGGCGGCGGCGGUGGGGCGCAGAGUCGGGGUGCGCACCUGGGCCCCCCUGGCCAUGGCGGCGAAGGUGGACCUGAGCACCUCCACCGACUGGAAGGAGGCAAAAUCCUUUCUGAAGGGCCUGAGUGAGAAGCAGCGGGAGGAACACUACUUCUGCCGAGACUUCAUCCGGCUGAAGAAGAUCCCCACCUGGAAGGAGACUGCGAAAGGGGCCACGAAGGUGGAAGACCCCAAGUACAAGAAGGACAAGCAACUCAACGAGAAGAUCUCCCUGUUCCGAGGCGACAUCACCAAGCUGGAGGUGGACGCCAUCGUCAACGCCGCCAACAGCUCCCUGCUCGGAGGCGGUGGCGUGGACGGGUGCAUUCACCGGGCCGCCGGACCCCUGCUCACCGACGAGUGCCGGACCCUGCAGAGCUGCGAGACCGGCAAGGCCAAGAUCACCUGCGGCUACCGGCUGCCGGCCAAGUAUGUCAUCCACACGGUGGGGCCCAUCGCCCACGGGGAGCCCAGCGCCAGCCAGGCUGCCGAGCUCCGCAGCUGCUACCUGAACAGCCUCGACCUGCUGCUGGAGCAUCGGCUCCGCUCGGUGGCCUUCCCCUGCAUCUCCACCGGCGUGUUCGGCUACCCCAAUGAGGCGGCGGCCGAGGUAGUGCUGGCCGCGCUGCGCGAGUGGCUGGAGCAGCACAAGGACAAGGUGGACCGGCUGAUCAUCUGCGUGUUCCUGGAGAAGGACGAAAGCAUCUACCGGGAGCGGCUCCCCCACUACUUCCCCGUGGCCUGACGGUACCCGCCACCCACCCUGCCCAGGACUGACUCGCCUGGGCCCGCCGGACCUCGCUCCCAGCUCUAAGAGGGCACCGAAGCCUGCAGCUGGGCCUGGACCUGGCCACCCCCUUCUUCCCCUCAGCCCCCUGCCCCCAGAAGCCGUCUAAUAAAGACCACCCUUGUUGCA